GUCAACUUCUAUGUAAGGGUGAAGGCAAUUUAUACCCUUGGACACAGCGUAUCUCUGAUUGCACUUACAACAGGAAGUAUAAUUCUUUGCCUUUUCAGAAAACUUCAUUGUACUCGGAAUUACAUCCAUCUGAACCUGUUCCUGUCAUUCAUUCUAAGAGCAAUCUCUGUUUUAGUCAAGGAUGAUAUCCUCUAUUCCAGCUCCAACACCGCUCACUGUCCAGAGGAUCAAACCUCGUGGGUGGGCUGCAAGGCUAUUUUGGUGUUUUUUCAAUAUGGUGUCAUGGCAAACUUUUACUGGCUUUUGGUUGAAGGACUUUACCUCCACAUCCUCCUUGUGCUAAUAUUCUCCCCCAACAGACAUUUCACAAUCUACCUGCUGAUUGGAUGGGGAAUUCCUACCAUAUUCAUUAUUACGUGGACAGUGACACGAAUCAUUUUAGAGGACACUGGUUGCUGGGAUACAAAUGAGCAUGGUGGUCCCUGGUGGGUUAUACGAAUACCAAUUUUAAUUUCUAUUAUAGUGAAUUUUAUACUUUUCAUUAGUAUUAUAAGAAUCUUACUGCAGAAGUUAAGAUCUCCAGAUGUUGGAGGAAAUGACCAGUCGCAGUACAAGAGACUUGCAAAAUCCACGUUGUUGCUUAUUCCAUUAUUUGGAGUUCACUACACAGUGUUUGCUCUAUUUCCUGACCGCAGUUCCAAUAAUUAUAAAAUAAUCUUUGAGUUGUGUUUGGGAUCUUUUCAGGGGUUGAUUGUUGCAGUCCUGUAUUGUUUUCUGAACAGUGAAGUGCAAGGGGAGCUGAAAAGAAAGUGGCGGAGUUUGUGCUGGAAGCAGACAGCAGGCAGAGAUUACAGACUCCACAGCUCCUCCAUUUCUCGAAAUGGAUCGGAAAGCGUUUCUCAGCUCCACCGGAAUUCAAGGGCUCAGUCAUUUAUGCAGACAGAGACCACCAUGAUAUAAAUCAGCUAGGUUCCCUGAAACAUGAAAAACUGUGGGGUAUAUCAUUCAUUAUGCAGCUUGAUGUGAUAUUUUAUAAGAUGUACAGUUUAGUGCUUUGCUUUUCUACAUGUUGGUACUUGGGUACUUGCCAGGUAAUAACAGAGGCACCUGUCUUGUGGACGCUUUCUUUUUUGUUUGUAUUUUGUUGUUUUUUUUUAAAAUGGCAUUCAUAUUAAUUCUGAUGUUCUCUUGCUGCUUAAUAUCUGUAACUAUUCAAAAACUCAUUUACUGUAAUGAUCCCUUUACCCUCCAACAUGUCCACAAGAUAGAUG